GUCCCCGAUAAAUACGCGGUGGCGGUGAGUGGGACAGCUUCACACUCAGCGAAAAGGACCAAGACCAGGAACCAACAUGGCCUCAUCACUGGUGGCCCACGCCGGGCUUGUUCUGCUUUUCUCCGUGGCGUCGGCCCAAAUCCGAGGAGAUAACAUUGCCGUCAGAAACGACAACAGCAUGACGUGCCACCCCAACGACGGCUUUGGCAAGUACUGUCCCACGACGUGCGGCGUGGCCGACUACAUGCACAGAUACACAUCCAAUGCCCACGACAGUCUGGACUAUCUGCAAAAAGAGCUGGAUAGCAUCCACAACCUGACGGAGGGAGCUCAAGAACGCGUCAUCUACAUGAAAGAUAGCAUCCAAACGGUCCAGAAGAACACCCAGCCCGAUGUCUACUUCCAAAAGUCGUCCAAUAUGCUGGAUGAUGUCAUCCGCUUUGAGAGGACCAUCAUUGAACAAGAGAAGCAAAUCUUCAUGCACAAACACUUUGAUGCCGUCGCCGCCAACGAGAGGAGAAUGGCAGACUUGAAGACGCUCUCCAUUGAGUUGCAGAAUACGUGCAGCGAGCCCUGCAAGGACAGUGUUGUGAUUCAGCCCACCACAGGAACAGAUUGCCAGGAUGUCGCCAACAAAGGCGCCACAGUCAGUGGGAUUUACUACAUCAAACCGGCCCAAGCGACCCAACAGUUCCCGGUGUACUGCGAGAUUGACAACUUUAGGCGCGGCUUCACCGUCAUCCAGCGGAGACGGGACGGUAGCGUGGACUUCCACAAGGACUGGAUCCAGUACAAGGAGGGCUUCGGCUACCUCUCCCCCGACGACAGCACCGAGUUCUGGCUGGGCAAUGAGAAGAUCCACCUUCUGUCCGUGGGCAGUAGCAUCCCGAUGGUGCUCAGGAUAGAGCUGGUCGAUUGGGAGGGCAACAAAAGGUAUGCCGACUACGCCAUGUUCCGGGUAGCGCCGGAGUCGGACAUGUACCGCCUGACGUACGGCUACUACUUCGGCGGCGACGCCGGCGACGCCUUCAACGGCUUUGACUUCGGCGACGACCCCAGCGACAAGUUCUUCACCUCGCACAACGGCAUGCAGUUCAGCACCUUCGACAAGGACAACGACAAAUACGACGGCAACUGCGCCUUGCAGGACGGCUCGGGCUGGUGGAUGAACCGGUGCCACGCUGCCCAUUUAAACGGCAAAUAUUACCAGGGUGGGCGGUACACUGAAAAGGACACCGGUGAAUUCGGCUACGACAACGGCAUCAUCUGGGUGACAUGGCACAACCGCUGGUACUCCCUGAAGGAGACCACCAUGAAGAUCAUCCCCGUGACGCGCAUCGUGGCAGGCGGGGGUCAGGAGGCGGGUGUCAAGCAGUUUGGAGGGAUUUAAAAAAUAAAAAAAAACUCAUUAUUGUUUGGAGCGCAGAAUAAAGUUUUGUUUUUGUCCCCAUACUUGACCAUCUGAAAUCAUUUGCUCAUCCUCGGGUGGAUGUCCGGGACCAAAGAUGUUUCGCGUUCUCUGAGUCAUUUUUCUUUGUGCUGUGGUCCAUGUUGACCCGCUUCCGUACUUGACAUUCUGUGAGGAUGAAGCAUCUGUUGAGUUUCAUUCAA